AUGGCAGAGCACGCACACGGACACGAACACAUGAAAGAGAUUUCUGAGGCAAACCAGCAACUUUCAGUCUCACUUGCUGCUUUGAUCCUUCACCAAAUUGGAAAGGACAUCACUGCUGAAACUAUUACCACCAUCCUCCACCACUCUGGUAUUAAGGUCGAAGGUUUCUGGCCAGUCGUUAUGGCUAAGGCCCUCUCAAAGGCAAACGUUGAAGACCUCAUCAUGAACACUGCUGCUGCUCCAGUCGCUGCUGCCCCAGCUGCCGCCGGUGCUGCUGCUGAAGAGAAAAAAGAAGAAAACAAGGAAGAGAAAAAAGAAGAGAAAAAAGACGAACCAGAAGAGGACUUCGGAGGUUUCGGUGAUCUUUUCUAA